ACGGCUGCAAACAGAGGUGACAAAAAGUGAUUCAUCCUGUGCAGCCUUAAGGAUUAACACUUUAUCUUCACUGUGUUUCGAACUGGAGUUGUUGAAACUUUACAGAAACUAAGACGGCCUGCCUUUUCUUUUUAGAUUCUUGAAAAUAUAGAACUGGAAAGGUCAUCGUUAGUGAACUCUGAUUAUUGCUCCCAAGAACCAGGAGCUCUUCAUGGUAAUUUGUGACUUUUUUCAAAAAGGUCUGAGCAGAAGCUUCAAAGCACCUCAGCUGGUUUUGUCACGCAGACACUGAACAGCUGUUGCUUCUGCCACCUCGUCUUAGGGGGAAAAAAAGCUACAGGAUGCAGCACUCAUACGUUCCUGACAAACUUGUUUGCAUAAAAGUGCCUCGUUCUUAGCAACUGAUGAGGAUGAGAGAUGGCGUGGUGACCUACCUGUAUUUGACAAGUGUGUUUUUCACCUCGUUGGAGAGAAGAGCGCGGAGGGAAAAGGUCUACAAGAGGGAACAGGGGAGGAGAGAGCCAGCCGGGAAAGGUGCGAGGCAAACGCUUUGAGAGAAAAAAUGACUCGCACAGUAGGGAGAAGAGACUGAGUGAUCGCUGCCAGACAGACAGAGGAGGAGGGAGGAAGAAAAACUAACAAAGAUUUGAUCAAACGCCCUUUUAGUUCUGGAGUGUUGUGUUCUGUCAGAGCCAUCAAGGGCAACCAGCUCUUCCUUAUGGGGUCACAAAGAGGCGACUGACAACUGCAAGAAAAACUAAUAACAGAAAACAAUGGAUUUCCAAAACAGCACUUUUGGCAAUACGUCACAUCCUCACAGCCUUUGGGAGGUGAUAACCAUCGCUACGGUGUCAGCCAUCGUCAGCUUGAUAACUAUAGUUGGAAACGUACUGGUCUUGCUGUCAUUCAAAGUAAACAGCCAGCUUAAGACCGUAAACAACUACUACCUGCUUAGUUUGGCCUUUGCUGACCUCAUCAUAGGAGUGCUUUCCAUGAACUUAUACACCACAUAUAUACUGAUGGGCUACUGGUCCUUGGGGAACAUUGCAUGUGAUCUCUGGCUGGCAGUGGAUUAUGUGGCCAGCAAUGCUUCAGUCAUGAACUUGCUUGUGAUCAGCUUUGACAGAUACUUCUCAAUCACGAGGCCACUGACUUACAGGGCAAAGAGGACUCCAAAGAGAGCCGCCAUUAUGAUUGGUCUGGCUUGGCUGGUGUCUUUUGUCCUCUGGGCACCACCCAUUCUAUGCUGGCAGUACUUUGUAGGAGAGAGAAACGUUCCUCCAGACCAGUGCCAAAUCCAGUUUUUAACCGAGCCCGUGAUCACGUUUGGAACAGCAAUCGCUGCUUUCUACAUCCCGGUCUCAGUUAUGACCAUCCUCUACUGCAGGAUCUACAAGGAGACACAAAAACGAACAAAAGACCUGGCAGAGCUUCAAGGACUCACAACAGGGAAUGUCUCAGAAGGGACUAGACCACAGAAGACAAUGAUUCGUUCCUGUUUUCAUUUCCCCAGAGAGAGAAAAGACCAGAGCCAGGCCUCCUGGUCCUCGUCUAAUCAAAGUAAUGUUACUAAAAUGACCACCAGGUCAGAUGAAGCAUGGGCAAAAGCAGAUCAGAUUACUUCUUUUAACAGCUACACAUCAUCAGAGGAGGAGGAACAUCAUGUUUCAAUAGAAACCCCACAAGGGUCAUUCAAAGAGCAGCAGACUGGACAAAGUAAUAAGAAUGGGGAGGUUCCAGAUUACACAGAGGAGGAGUAUUGUUCCACUCCUCAGAAGAAGAACCAUAAAAGCUUAAUUUCUUACAAGUUCAAACGUAGCUCAAAGGGUAAAAAUGACAGUCCAACAAGUCCAAAAUCAUGCCCUCCAGAGCGGCCAGCCAAAAAGGCUUCCACCUCUUCGUCCUCCACCACCUCCAAGCCCAUAGACUCUGCCCUGAAGAACCAGAUCACCAAGAGGAAAAGGAUGGUGCUUGUGAAGGAGAAGAAGGCAGCCCAGACCCUCAGCGCCAUCCUCCUGGCCUUCAUCCUAACAUGGACGCCGUACAACAUCAUGGUGCUCAUCUCCACAUUUUGCGCCGAGUGCAUCCCUCUGUCCCUCUGGCACUUGGGCUACUGGCUUUGCUACGUAAACAGCACCAUCAACCCAAUGUGCUACGCUCUGUGCAACAAAACCUUCCAGAAGACCUUCCGCAUGCUUCUGCUCUGCCAGUGGAGGAAGAGGAGGCGUGGCAAGGACAAGAUGUGCUGGAGGGCCCAGAAUCCAAACGUCAACAAUAAAAUGAACUGAUGUGGUAGUUAACAGUUCUUUAACCACAUGUUAGCAUCUGUUGAUAUUUGCUAGUGUUCAUCCAGUGUCUUGUGCUGCAGGUGGUUUCUGUAUUUAAUAUAUGUAUGUAGGAAAUGAGCACAAGUCAAAAUGACUGUAAGGAAAGUUUACUCAGAACAUAAAAGUAGAUACAGCACUCUCCACACCUAAAGAUGUGUAAAAGAAAACUAACUUUGAUGGCAAUAGUGUAAUCUCACACUGAGAAUUUAAAUAAAAUCCAACCUUUUAUGUAAGUAAAUUUUUUUCUGUGGGUAAAAAAAAUCCCAUGUUAGCAAAAGUAUUAAAAAACAUGGUUCACUGUUGCAACUGUUACUGGCUGCUCUGCUAUUUAAGCUUUGUACAAUCCUUUUUUCUCAACAGGAUAGCACUCAGUCUUCGAUACCAUUUCACAAGGUUGAAGUGGACAAAGAGAGAAGCUGGUCAGUCUGGUCUCUUGGUUUAGGUCUGGUCGCUGAUAUGGCCAUGGAACAAGUUUGAUUUUGUGUCUUGUGAACCAUUUUUGUGCUGAUUAGGCCAUCAAUGCUAUGGAUUAUUAUCUGCAUUAUUAGUAGAGCAUUUAGUUUUCUGACAGAGACCACAUAUGUAUUUCAAUAAAUUCAUGACGGCAUGCCCUCUAAGCAAGGCUUCCCGGAGCCUUUGAAAGAUAAACAAGCCCACAGCAUCACAAGCUCUCCACCGUUUAAAAUUCUUAGAGGUGCUUAUAAAUAUAACACAAUAGAUUUUGUUCUGUACAUAUAUUUCCUCUACUUUUUGUUUUUUUAACAGUCAAUAAAUGUGCUCAAAAUAAAGACCGGAUUUUCUACAUUUGUAAUUGUGAGAGUAUGCUACUGCAAUAAAUUAAACUUUGUUUUAAGGCUUUUUACGCAUCUUUUCCAGGACAGCUGAUUGUUUUGUUUUAAAAAUCAAUCCUGAAUGAAAAUACCUCUAAAUUUUCAAACUCAUGAUGUACUUAUACAUAAAAGAGCCGCUGUAAACCUGAGAAGCCACCACUAAACCUCUUACCCCUGCUUGAAACUGAUGGCUUCCGACGGUGACCCUCUGCUUGCAGGACACCUUCAAAUCUCAGAGUGAAAUACUUGUAGUUGUGCUUCAUGGUGAUUAAUGAUAGUACCACUUUUUACAGCAAGAAAAAAAAACACUAAAUAAGAAAUAUAUCUCUUCUAGGUGUUGUCGUCAAUCUUUGCUUCUAGGUCCAGCAUGAGUAACAGAAGUGCAAAAAGUAUGGAGUGCUCUUCUGGUAUUGCUUAUUUGAAUUACUGAGAUACCAAUAGAAACAUGUAAAUUAAAUUUGUCACUGUAUUUGUUACAUAUGAAACAAGCAUUCAUCUCUUUUCAUGCUGAUUUAGAUAUAGAGUAUGACUUGCAAAAAUAAAAAUUUAGAAGACAGAUUAAUAUGGAUUUUUUUAUAUCUUGAAAAUGUGCUCAUUCCUUGUCCGGUCACAUCAAUUUGCAUUUUCUUAUUACAAGAUUAACCAAAUCCAUCAUUCAUGCGCUUAUUGAUGCUAAUGCUGCUUACAGUUACAGUAUUUAUUUACUUACUGCUUCAUGCUGUUUUAUCUAGAAAAGUAUUUUAUUUUGAGAUGACUCAGCUGUUAUAUUCACCCUCCUCAAUAAAAUUCAAACCACGAGUGUGUCAAUGGGUGCACAUUCAACAUCUUGGAUUAUGAUUUUACAAAUAAAAGUGGAGUUCAGCCACUUUUCAUGAAUGUAAGACUGGAGAAAAUAAACCAUUAGAUUUUGUGUAUUUAAGUAUGUAAGAAAAAUGCAGAUAAUUUAUACAGUAGCUCUGAAAAGUGUGUACAUACCUGCCAGGUUGCUCUGAUGUACAAUAUGAGACCAAGAUAAAUCACUCCAAAGCUUUUCUUACCUUUAAUGUGAAAUAUAUUCUGUACAAUUCAACCUUAAACACAAACAAAACUGUUUGGAGGAAUAAUAUUUUUAAAAUGGCAUCUGCUUGUGCUCUGGUGCCAUACCGGGGGCACGAAUACCGAAAAAAAGUCUAAUUCCAGCCAUCGAUUUUAUCCACCACAAAAAGUCUUGCUCAGUCUGAAUAAAAGCAGCCCCUGAGCAUGAUGCUGCCACCAUCAUGCCUCACUGUGUGUAUAGUCUUCCUAGUUUGUGGCAAACAUACCUUGGACUUGUGCUCCAGAUGUUCAACUCUGGUUUCAUUCUACUACCAGAUUGUAGGAGAUUUUAUCCAUGCCGGGAUGUUUUUUUUUUUUUUUUUU